AUGUCUCAUGGACGACUUAAUGCUAAUGAAAGGAACCAGCUUGAACCGAGCGAAACUCCGUCAACCUACCAAUUUGGACAAGAGGCGCCACCGCCCUCGUCGCUCGAACCGCCCUCGUCACCCCUCAGUGGACUACAUAGCCAUAAUCCAUGGUCCGAAGACGCAAAUGAUGACGAUGGAACCAAUUUUACAACGUUCGAAUUUACGACCACUGGUGGAGCUGGAAGGAUGGUUCUCAGCACCCGUUCUUGGAGGAGUGAUGGCCGCAAUGUACGAACUAAUGACCUGCGUGAAAUGAUUGAUAAGAUUGAGCAAUUGCUUACCCGACCGGGUGAACCACAGAAUCGAGGCAUGCCUGGUCCCUUUGGCCCUCUAAGCCCCUUCGGAUUCCCACGAGGACAAGGCGCAGGCGGGUUAGAUGACCCUCACAUCCGUCUGCAGCCGGCGGGUUUGCAAGAUCUCUUCUCCCUCAUAUUGCAAUCAAUGCAACCGGAUGGGCUUCAUGGUCUAGACGCUGACGACAGACGAAGGGGAGGCAAUGUCCCGUUGCCUUUCGACCUUGUCCAUCAAAUGCUCAACCCUGGGAAUGCCCGGGCUGGUGACAUAGUGCACAGUCAAGAAGCCUUCGAUCGAAUCAUGUCAGACCUCAUGGACCUCCACGAUCUCAGUCCUAACGCGCCUCCACCGGCGUCAGAGGAGGCCAUCCUGUCUCUCAACAAGAAGAAGAUGGAUAGGGAAAUGCUAGGCGAAGAAGGCAAGGCCGAAUGUUCGAUAUGCAUGGACGAUGUUGAGUUGGGCAAUGAGGUGACUGUCCUGCCAUGCAAUCAUUGGUUUCACGGCGACUGUGUAACAGCGUGGCUGAAAGAGCACGAUACUUGCCCUCAUUGUCGGAAACCCAUAACUGAUCCUGAGGAUCAUCAGCGGCCGGGACCUUCAAGACGAAGAACCAGCCGGAGAGCAUCUUCAGUGUUAAGUCCACGUGCCUUGGGCGCGGAUGGCGGCCGCCCCAAUUUGGCAGAAAGAACGCGCGAGAUGCGAGAAAUCAGCGACUACCUCUCUCGAAGGCAACGAGAUAACGACUUGGAACGCCCUGAAACCCACCGACAUUCGAGCAUUCAAAGUGACCUAAGGCGACAUGGCUCAAGAGGCCAAAGCGGCAGCAAUGGAGGAAAUCGCAGUGGCGGAAACAGCGGAGGAGGAGUGACAGGCUGGAUUAGAGAUCAUUUACCAUUCUCUUGA